GCCCCUACUUUCCCUUCCCACCGCGCACCCCCAAUUUCCCUCCCUUAUUUCCGAGCUUCCCUCCCCAAUUUCUGACCUUCCCUCCCAGCAAAUCUACAAAAUUUGUAAUUGAUUUUGCUAAAACUCAAAACCCAUUCGAACCCAGCUGCAAAAUUCGUUUCUGCCACUCCAAUCCAUCAACGACAGAGGAUUGCUCGCAGCCGACCGCAGGCCCGUUUGCUCUCUCCUGUUCGUCAUCCAUGAUCUAUUGAGGAUCCUGUUAAAGACAGUACUUGAGAGUAGCCUUUGGUUUUACUAAGAGAAGAAGAAGAUUGAUCAACUGAGUUUGACAACGAGCUAAGUAAAGGUUUGUUCUAUCUAAGCUCUCAGUUUCGGUGCACAAAUCCGUUCCCACAAAAGAGACAAAGAGAGAUGAAUUUCGGUGGGGUGGAGAAUAUGUUAGGUGGAUUAAUGCAGCUAAUGAAGGCAAGAUUCCCGGACGAGAAUAUCGCAGAUAUUCUACAAGCUGCCACCCAAUUAGGUGCUGCCAACAGAUUAGAUAGAGAGGCACAUGCGGCCCGUCAAGAGGUUCCGGAUGCUAAUAGUGGGCAAGGUUUUUCCCCAAAUAAUCGUUCCUCUUCACAAUCAAGCCAUCACCUUUUGUCUCGCCAAAAUGAAAGUAAUGAAGAAAAUGAUGGGCGAAGGGAUUGAAAGGCAUGUUUGUGUCUCCCUGCUUGACAGUUUAAAGACUAAUGAUUUUCUAGUUUGGUAGAUGCAUUUUCUUUUGGACAAUUUUACAUUGAUACGGGAUUAUUGUGAAGUAUUAGAAGUUUUACAUUGCUUUUCAUUGGAAAUUCGUUUAGAUCUGUUAUUUCUGUUUUGUUUGUUGAUAAUAUGAUCUACAAAUUUGGAGAUUAAGCUUGCUUUGGUGGAUUUUUGAAGAGUUUUUGUUUCAUCUUUCAGCUGUUACUGAGAUGAUUUCUGGGAAUUUCAGUAUAAUUUAUGCUUAAUUCAGUAUAAAAUAUCUCUGUUUUUGUUCAUGCUGCAUAUGGUUGUGGCUGUUGGGCUAGAAUAUUUUCUCAUAUUUAGGGGAAUACAAGGGCUAAUUAAAGCACCAGUGUCAGUAAAACAGAUGGAGAAAAUGGUACUUAAAUAUUUGCUGCCACAAGUUGAAGCUGCAUCACUCUUGAGCAUAUCUCUUGCAUUUGCCUGGCAAAAGGUAGUGAGGCAAUGGCUUCAUUUCAUGAUUCAUUUCAUACUUUGGAGCUCCUUUGUUAUGUGUUUGUCGGCUGGAAUUCUUCUGGUUUGCUUCCAGAGACCUACCACAAAUGGUGUUGGGGUUUGCUUCAUUGCCUUUGCAAUUGGUAAUGGCUUGUAUGCUUGUUGGGUUAGUCCGAGAAUUAAGUUCUGUACCUAGGUUUUGAUCAAAGCAAUGGAACCUACUUCCAAAUUUACAGAUUUAAACCACCCCACUUAUGUGAUGCUUGGGGCUGGAUUCAUAUGGAUGUCUAUGUGGAUUUUGGCUGUGAUUGGAACCUUUAAUUUCCCCGUUUCAACCAUUGAUUAUAAUUGUAUUGUUCUUGAGCUUGGCUUGGACGGCUGAAGUCUU